CUUGGGACGUCCCAGGGGAAGAUGGCAUUCUGGAGGAGAAAAGCUCACAUCGAGAAGGAGCGACAUGUAAAAGCCAAUGCACGGGAGUACAACGACAAGUUCUCAUACGCUGACAAUCACAUCAAAACCUCAAAAUACAACAUCUUCACCUUCCUGCCCAUCAAUCUGUUUGAGCAGUUCCAGAGGGUCGCCAAUGCUUACUUUUUAGUCCUGUUGAUCCUGCAGGUAAUUCCUGCAAUAUCCUCACUAUCCUGGUUCACAACCAUUGUGCCUUUGGUGUUGGUGCUGGUGAUCACUGCAGUCAAAGACGCCACAGACGACUAUUUUCGUCAUAAAAGUGACCGACAAGUCAACAACCGUCAGUCUCAGGUUCUCAUCAGAGGAAGCUUACAGAAUGAGAAAUGGAUGAAUGUUCGAGUUGGGGAUAUCAUCAAACUCGAGAAUAAUCAGUUUGUCGCUGCCGACAUCCUUCUUCUGUGUAGUAGUGAACCCUAUGGACUGUGCUAUAUUGAGACUGCAGAGCUCGAUGGAGAAACAAACCUCAAAGUUCGUCAGGCUUUGACAGUCACCUCAGAUUUAGGAGAUGUUUCAAAGCUAAAUGACUUCGAUGGUGAAGUCAUUUGUGAGCCACCAAACAACAAAUUAGAUAAAUUUACAGGUACUUUGUUCUGGAGGGACAACAAAUACGCCCUGGAUAAUGAGAAAAUGUUGUUGCGAGGUUGUGUUCUCAGAAACACAGAGUGGUGCUUUGGGAUGGUCAUCUUUGCUGGGUUACAAACAAAACUGAUGCAGAACUGCGGCAGGACCAUGUUUAAAAGGACGAGUAUCGACAAACUGAUGAACACUUUAGUUUUGUGGAUCUUUGGCUUCCUCAUUUGUAUGGGAGUUGUUUUGGCCAUUGGAAACACCAUUUGGGAGAGUUGGAUUGGCAGAAACUUCCAAGUGUUUUUGCCUUGGGAUGCGUCUCAAGACAGCGCUGUUUUCUCUGGAUUCCUCACCUUCUGGUCUUACAUUAUCAUUCUUAACACUGUUGUUCCCAUCUCUCUGUACGUCAGCGUGGAGGUUCUGCGACUCGGCCACAGUUACUUCAUUAAUUGGGACCGAAGAAUGUAUUACAGUCCCAUGAACACUGCAGCUGAAGCUCGGACCACCACGCUCAAUGAGGAACUGGGUCAGGUUGAGUUCAUCUUCUCUGAUAAGACCGGGACCCUCACCCAGAACAUCAUGGUGUUCAGCAAGUGCUCCAUUAACGGACAACCAUAUGGUGACGUUUAUGAUGAAUUUGAUCAAAAGGUGGAAAUUACAGAGAAAACAGCCUGUGUGGAUUUCUCCUUCAAUCCUCUAUGUGACAGAAGGUUUAAGUUUUAUGACGGCAGCCUGGUUGAAGCCAUAAAACUGGAAGAUGCUGCAGUGCAUGAGUUCUUCCGACUGUUGGCUUUGUGCCACACUGUCAUGCCAGAAGAGAAAAGUGAAGGACAUUUGGUGUACCAGGCCCAGUCACCUGAUGAGGGAGCACUGGUCACUGCUGCAAGAAACUUUGGGUUUGUCUUCUGGGCCCGAACCCCAGAGACCAUCACGCUGUAUGAGAUGGGACACCCUGUCACCUACCAGCUGCUAGCCAUACUGGACUUCAACAACGUGCGCAAGAGAAUGAGUGUCAUUGUGAAAAAUCCUCAAGGACAGAUCAAACUGUACUCUAAAGGAGCUGAUACGAUUAUCUUUGAGCGUCUGGAUCCAUCCAGUGAAGACCUCGUGUUCACUACCUCAGAACAUCUCAGUGAAUUUGCAGGAGAAGGACUGCGGACUUUAGCUUUGGCUUACAAAGAUCUGGAUGAGGAUUAUUUUGAAGUUUGGAUGAAGAAACUUCUGUUCGUCAGCACAUUAAUUGAGAACCGUGAGGAUCAGCUGGCUGUUCUCUACGAGGAGAUCGAACAAGACUUGAAGCUUUUAGGAGCCACAGCAAUAGAGGACAAACUUCAGGAAGGAGUUCCAGAAACUAUUGCCUGUCUAAAUCUGGCUGACAUCAAGAUCUGGGUCCUCACAGGAGACAAACUGGAGACAGCAAUGAACAUUGGCUACUCCUGCAACAUGCUGAGAGAUGACAUGAACGAGGUGUUUGUGAUCUCAGGCCAUACUCUGCUAGAGGUGCAACAGCAGCUCAGGAGUGCAAAGGAACACAUCCUCGGCCUGAGUCGAGUUAGCAGUGCAGGAAGCGUUGAGAAGACAGACACGUUUGCAGAUGAUUCUGUGUUUGAAGAAACUAUCAUAGCGGAGUACGCCUUAGUCAUCAAUGGGCACAGCCUGGCUCACGCUCUGGAGGCGCAGCUGAAGCACGUCCUGCUGGAUGUGGCCUGUUUGUGUAAGACGGUCAUCUGCUGCCGGGUCACUCCCAUGCAGAAAGCACAGGUGGUGGAGCUGGUGAAGACGCAGAAGAGGGCCGUGACGCUCGCCAUAGGAGACGGGGCCAAUGACGUCAGCAUGAUCAAGACUGCUCAUAUCGGUGUAGGCAUCAGCGGUCAGGAGGGCAUGCAGGCCGUUCUGGCGUCCGACUACUCCUUCGCUCAGUUUCGGUAUCUGCAGAGGCUCCUGCUGGUGCAUGGACGCUGGUCAUAUUUCCGCAUGUGUAAUUUCUUGUGUUACUUCUUCUACAAAAACUUUGCCUUCACCUUGGUGCAUUUCUGGUACGGUUUCUUCUGUGGUUUCUCGGCUCAGACUGUGUACGACCAGUGGUUCAUUACUCUGUUCAAUAUAGUCUAUACAUCUCUACCAGUGUUGGCGAUGGGACUUUUUGAUCAGGAUGUCAAUGACCAGAACAGUCUGCGUUACCCGAGUCUGUACAAACCUGGACAACAAAACCUUCUCUUCAACAAACGGCAGUUUUUCCUGUGCACACUGCAGGGGUUAGGCACAUCAUUCCUUCUCUUCUUUAUUCCUUAUGGAGCCUUUUCUGUCAUGGUGAAAGAGGACGGCUCCCAAUUUUCUGAUCAACAAGCAUUUGCUGUCACCAUAGCAACAUCCUUGGUCAUCGUAGUAAGUGUUCAGAUUGGACUUGACACACACUACUGGACAGCUGUCAAUCACCUCUUCAUAUGGGGGAGUGUGACCGUGUAUUUUGCCAUAUUAUUUGCAAUGCAAAGUGAUGGCAUAUUUGGCAUCUUUCCAAGUAAUUUUCAGUUUAUUGGCGCUGCUCGUAACUGUCUAUCAGAGAAGAGUGUAUGGUUGGUCAUCCUGCUCACCACUGUGGUGUGUAUGGUUCCUGGAUUAGCAGUCAGCUUCCUGAGAGUAGACCUCUUCCCAACUCUGACAGACAAGGUCCGUCAUCUACAACAGUGCAGGAAGAGACAAGGACCUCAAGAGCAGAAUCUGAGGCGCGUCCGCAGGACCAGCUCCCGCCGGUCGGCCUAUGCCUUCUCCCAUCAGCAGGGCUAUGGAGAACUUAUCACCUCUGGCAAAAACAUGAGGAUGAGCUCGGUGUCAGCUGCUCCCUCUGCUGGAAAGUCACCACACAGCUCAAACUGGAUAGAAAACAUGUUGAAGAGAAAGAACGAGGUGUCUUGUAUUUCUGAUGAAAACAUGGAGGCAUCAAAAGGCAACAAAGCAAUACAGACUCCAGAUCAGCAUACAGUGUAGGGUCCCAUACGCAUGGACCCCAAAGACCAAGCACAAGGUAUGAGUGUCCUUCAUUUGAGUUUAGGCUCAGAUUCAACAGCACAGAUGUACCUCACUUUGUAUGAAUCAUGUGACUCGUGUCAGUGAUCAGUGUUUACGGCAGAUGAAACAUGAUUAUCUAAAAGGAACCGUUUCUGAAAAGCCAGCUGAAUAAAAACUAAUUAAAAUCCAUCUUAACCAACUUGGAGGUAUAUUUUAGAACAAUAUUAUGCAUGAGUUGCCAAAGUCUAAUAAAAUCCAUCAUCCUUCUUUAGUUUGAUUUGAGGUUAUUGGUGCAUUUAUGUCCUUCUCUGACAAAUAGUUAAGAUAUUUCAGUACCUGGAGAGAUUUUAGUGGUUGUCAAAAAUUAAUGUCAUACAACAAAAAAGCACCAAUAACCAUUUUAAUAAAUCCGUUUGUAAAACCUAUGCACUGAAACUUU